GACUCAGACAAGUACAGAGCAGCUGUCGUCUUCUGGACUCUUCUUCUCCAAGAAAAACCGAAUGAGCCUUCCUGUUCUCUCUUGAAGUUUAGCCCAUACCUCCCGCAGCCUCUUCUUUUGCAUCUACAGCCUUGUCUUUUACGACAAGCCAAGAGCGAGUCACGCGAGCUCACUGAACGUGAUCUGACAAAAAUUGUCAUUGGUUUCGAUUUCACUCGAUAUGGCCAAUCCAACUGCGGGACCACCCGUGGAUGUACUAUCCAAGGAGACAGAGACCGCGGCAGAAGGCUCCAAAGCAGAGGGAGGCGCAAAGGAAGUUUCGAAAAGAGCAGCAGCCAAAGCCGCCAAAAAGGCUGCCGCAGCAGCAAAGAAGGCGGAGCUAGCUCUGCGACCUAAGGAGAAGCCAGCUGAAUCAGUUAAUACGACGCCAACUUCGAUGUUUGACCAAGGCUGGCUGAAAGCUGUAUAUGAAGAGAAAAAGGUCCCACACGUAUAUACGCGCUUCCCGCCUGAGCCCAAUGGCUUUCUACACAUUGGUCACGCAAAGGCUAUUGCAGUUAACUUUGGCUUUGCAAAGCGAUGGGGUGGAGACUGCUACCUGAGGUUCGAUGACACGAAUCCAGAGAAGGAGGAAAGCAUUUAUUUUCAGAAAAUUAAAGAAAUGGUUGAGUGGUUGGGUUUCAAACCAUAUAAGAUCACCCACAGUUCAGAUUACUUUGAUCGAUUAUACGAGCUUGCGGAAGAAUUGAUCAGGAGGGACAAGGCGUAUGUUUGUCAUUGCUCAAAGGAAGAAAUCAAUAUGCAGCGCGGUGGACCUGACAACAAAGGCAAACGAUACGCAUGCGCUCAUCGAGAACGACCCACCGAAGAGUCUCUUGCAGAAUUCAGGGCCAUGCGGGACGGCAAGUAUAAGCCAGGCGAAGCCUUCUUGCGCAUGAAACAAUCCCUUACCGAUCCUAAUGAAGGCAAUCCUCAGAUGCACGACCUCCCAGCCUACAGGAUUCUGGACAAGCCCCAUCCUCAAACAGGAGACAAAUGGCGAAUAUAUCCGCUGUAUGACUUCGCGCACUGCAUAUGCGAUCAAAUCGAGAAUAUAUCCCACUCACUAUGCACAGUUGAGUUUUUCCAGUCCCGAGUUUCAUAUAAUUGGCUGCUGGAAGAACUCGAUUUGAAGAAGCGUGGAUCUGAUGAAGUCGGCCCGAUGCAGCGCGAGUAUGGUCGUCUGAACGUGGAAGGUACCAUCCUUUCGAAACGCAGGAUUCAGCUUCUUGUUAAGGGUGGCGAGUUUGCUCUUCCCAAUGGUGAAAUACGCAAAGUACCUCCUGCAGUCCGUGGUUGGGAUGACCCACGACUCUACACAUUGAUCGCUCUGCGGAGAAGAGGCAUACCUGCUCAGGCUCUUCUUAACUUUGUCUCGGAGCUGGGUGUCACCACCGCAAACACAAACAUUCAAACCUUCAAACUUGAAGCCAGCGUUAGAAAAUAUCUAGAACGGACAGUUCCACGCCUUAUGCUUGUACUAAACCCUAUCAAGAUCGUCAUAGAAGAUCUUCCGGAGGACUUCAAGGAAGAUCUCACGAUACCAUUUGAUCCCAAGGAUGCUUCCAAAGGCUCCCGAACGGUUACACUUGAGCGGAGUCUUUACAUCGAGCAAUCUGACUUCCAGAGCAUUCAUUCGCCUGAAUUUUUUCGACUUACGCCUGAACAGCCAGUCGGUUUACUAAACGUCCCAUUCGCUGUGAAAUAUGUAGGCACCGGUGACGAUGGCAUACUCCGCGUUGCUAGGUUAGAAGGCGUUAAACCAAAAGCCUAUAUUCACUGGGUGCCUGCCUCCCUAGGCCUAAAGGUCAGAGCGCGCCAGUACAAUGCGCUCUUCACUGUCGACGAGCCCAACACCCUUGACUGGAAAUCUGGUGGUUACGCUGACAGUCUUAAUCCAAAUUCUGAAGUUGAAUUCAGCAAUGCUAUUAUUGAACCGGCCUUUAAGGAAUUGAUCUCAAAGAAGGAAAACGGUGUAUCACCAACGAGCGGGGCUAGCGAUGACAUCGUCCGCUUCCAGGCUGUCAGAACGGCAUAUUUCGCUGUAGACCCAGUAGAGAGCGAGGCUGAUGGUGUGAUCCUUAAUCAGAUUGUGACCUUGAAGGAAGAUUCUAAGAAGGGAAAGUGAACGUUCUGUGUUGGUUAAAUAUAAGUCUCUAGCUAUAUGUGGUCAUUUGGGAACAAUCUGAGUCAAAGUCAGUGGAGAAGUUGAUAUCGGAAUAGAGUAGACAUAUUAGCGCUGAUGGCAUUCAGUUUUUGAUCUAUUUAUUAACAAAAUAAACUAACUGGAUUAGACCAAUCUUUUCCUAGA